CAGGUAAGAAAAUUGAUAUAAUUAUUGAUCAUUAAAAACGAGCAACUCUGAAUUUCUACACAAAAUACAUAUUUUCAGCAAUUCACGAGAUGAAUUCAGUUCAUAUUUUGGCUUUAUCAUGCCUGAUAGGCCUAGCAAGUGCGGGCAUCUACACAGAUCGCUUCAACACUCAAUAUAACAAAAUCAAAACCAAGGGGUACUUCUCCAAAGUAGGAGGUAUCCCUUAUCACUCGGUCGAAACUUUAAUAGUAGAAGCCCCUGAUCAAGGUCACCAAACCACAUCCGAAGCAUUCAGCUACUGGAUUUGGCUGGAAGCACUUCAUGGCAAAAUCAACAAAGACUGGCAACCAUUCAACAACGCCUGGGAAACUUUAGAGCAAAACAUUAUUCCAGUAUCAGCGAGCCAGCCUACCAACAACUUCUACACACCCAGCCAUCCUGCCACGUUCGUUCCGGAGCAGGACGAGCCCAGCAGUUACCCCUCUGCUGUCGAUUCCAGCGUACCCGUCGGCCAGGAUCCCCUUUACCAGGAGCUGGUCAAUGCCUACGGCACCAGCGAUGUAUACGGCAUGCACUGGCUGCUCGACGUCGACAACAUUUACGGGUUCGGCAACACUCCCGGCAAUUGCGAGCUAGGACCCCAAGCCCAGGGCCCCUCCUUCAUCAACACCUACCAAAGAGGCUCCAUGGAAUCCGUGUGGAGGACGAUUCCCCAGCCCACCUGCGACAGCUUCAGAUUCGGCGGACAGAACGGUUAUCUCGACCUGUUCACCAAAGAUAACAGCUACGCGAGACAAUGGAAAUUCACCAACGCGCCCGACGCCGACGCUCGCGCCAUCCAAGGAGCCUACUGGGCCUCGCAAUGGGCGCAAGAAUCCGGCCAGCUCGGCGCCAUUUCGCAAACGCUAUCCAAAGCCGCCAAAAUGGGCGAUUACCUCAGGUACGCGCUGUUCGACAAAUACUUCAAGCAAAUCGGCAACUGCGUCAGCCCCGCCAGCUGCCCGGGGGGCUACGGCAAAAGCGGCGCUCACUACCUGCUGGGCUGGUACUACGCCUGGGGCGGCGCUCUCGACACCACCAACGGCUGGGCCUGGCGCAUCGGAGACAGCGCCGCUCACUUCGGCUACCAGAACCCGUUGGCCGCCUACGCCCUCGCCAGCGAUCCCAAUUUGAGGCCCAAAGGAGCCACGGCGGUGUCCGACUGGCAAACGUCGCUCGACAGACAGCUGGAGUUCUACGAGUGGCUGCAAACCGCCGAAGGGGCGUUCGCCGGCGGCGCCACCAACAGCUGGAACGGCCGAUACGACACCCCUCCGUCGGAUCUCACGCAAAACACGUUCCACGGCAUGUUCUACGACUGGGAGCCCGUCUACCACAGCCCGCCUUCUAACCGAUGGUACGGAAUGCAACCGUGGUCGGUGGAUCGUUUGGCUCAGUAUUACUACGUGACCGGCGACAGCAAAGCCAAGGCGCUUUUGGACAAGUGGGUCGACUGGAUCCUUCCCAACAUUAAGAUCGAAGCGGGGAAGAAAUACACGCUGCCGGCUACUCUUACGUGGACGGGCGCUCCGCCCAACGUGCACGUUAACGUGGAAUCCACCGGUAGCGAUGUCGGUACUGGCGCCGCCACCGCGAGGACUUUGGCCUAUUACGCGGCUAAAACCAACAACACCCAGGCGAAGCAAGUGGCUAAGGAUAUUUUGGAUAUCAUGUGGACGCAGUACCAAACGGACAAGGGGGUUUCGGCGCCCGAAGCGGCGGAUACCUACAAUCAAUUCAACGAGGCGGUCUACGUACCGCCGAACUGGCAGGGUUAUUAUCCCAACGGGGAUCGCAUCGAGAACGGGGCCACCUUCAUCAGCAUGAGGUCUUGGUACAAGAACGACCCGGAUUGGGGCAAAGUUGAGAGUUAUUUGAACGGGGGAGAGGUCCCGACUUUCACUUACCAUCGCUUCUGGGCGCAGGCCGACAUUGCCAUAGCUCAAGGCACCUACGGCAUUCUAUUCAACGAAUAAAAUUUGUUUUUAAUUCGAUGUACAUUUUUUAAAAUGUUGAUAAUAUAAAAUAGUAAAGAAGUACAAACA